AUGCUGCUCCCAUCACUUACAGCUGUGUUUCGCCAGGAGGAUGUCGAUAUCGAGAGAGCAGACACAGUAUCAACGCGAUCCGGCGUCUUCUCGAAACUCAACUCACUAUCGAGAAGCAAGAGCAAGCAACAAUCGGAUUCUCUGCCAACAUUUAUUCCCGUCACAGACCUCGAAAAGUGCAUCAUCGGAUGGGAAAGCCAGCAAGACCCCAAAAUGCCGCUCAACUUCUCCCGCAGUCGCAAGUGGCUCAUCACCCUCCUGUUGUCGGCCAUCACCUUCAUGACGCCGUUUGCCUCGUCCAUUCUUGCGCCCUCUCUCGCAGCUUUGGAGAAAGACUUCGGAGUGAGUGACAUUACCCUGGGGUCUAUGCCUGUGAGUAUAUUUCUGCUGGGGUACGCUGUCGGCCCGUUGUUUCUCUCGCCGCUUUCCGAAAUAUACGGUCGAAAUCUAGUUCUCAUCUCUGCGAAUGUUUGGUUCUGUCUCUGGUUGGUGGGAUGCGCGCUCGCUCCUACGCUCAACACGCUCAUCUUCUUCCGGUUCAUGGCCGGUGUUGGAGGGUCUGGUUGCCAGACUAUUGGCGGCGGUAUCAUUGCCGACCUCUUUCCCAUUACCGAGCGCGGAAAGGCCAUGACAAUCUGGAUGCUGGGCCCCGUUGCCGGUCCAACCGUUUCCCCCGUCAUUGGAGGCUUUGUGACUGAGACGAUUGGCUGGCGCUGGGUCAACUGGCUGUCUUGCAUCCCUGCGGCUGUGGUGGUUGUGGCCAUGAUGUUCUUGAAUCGUGAGACAAAUCAUCGUGUCCUGAUCGCUUGGAAGACGGAGAAGCUGCGAAAGGAACUCGGCAUACCGGAGCUCAGAAGUUGCUACGUCGAUCCAGAGGCUCCCGCCUUGAGCAAGAGACAGAUUCUGCUGCUGGGGCUGGUCCGGCCAAUGAAGAUGCUGCUGCGUUCACCCAACAUCUUUGGGCUGUCGCUAUACAUUGCCUUUGCGUACGGAUGCUUGUACCUCCUUUACAACACCAUACCGACCGUCUUCCAGGGCAGUUAUGGCUGGACUCUGGGCAUCACCGGUCUGGUGUACCUCACGUUGAUGGUCGGAUAUGCCAUCGGCCUGCUGGCGUUCGCUCUUCUCUCGGACAGCACCGUGAUUCGCAUGACGGCAGCCAACGACGGCGUUUACGAGCCCGAGAUGCGUCUCCCGGAUUGUCUCUGGUUUGCCCUCAUCUUGCCCACCACGUUCUUCUGGUAUGGCUGGACCGCAGAUAAGGCUGUCCACUGGAUUGUGCCCAUCAUUGGCAUCGCGCCGUUUGGCAUUGGCAUCGUCGGGGUCUUGAUGCCUAUACAGACGUACAUAGUCGACGCUUAUCCGCAGUAUGCGGCCAGUGGGCUUGCCGGAUUCUCUGUCCUGAGGAACACAAUCGGUGCGUUUCUGCCGUUGGCCGGGCCGCAGUUGUAUGAGAACCUGGGCGUAGGCUGGGGGAACUCGGUGCUGGGGUUUAUUGCGAUUGUGUUGAUACCGAUUCCAGUGUUGAUCUAUCGGUAUGGGAAGUGGUUGAGGCUUCGGUUUGCCAUCCAGCUAUGA